UAAGACUCCAUUUUAAAGUCAACAGAGCGGAAGGGGGACGACCACAAGUUUGAGGCAUUUGUUACUGGUGUACCUCAGACUCCUCAGAAGAGGACGGAGCAGAGUCUCUAAUAUCCAGCCAUCUGUCUAUGAAGAGUGACCGGUCUAAAGUUUAUCCUCCACACUUCAGUAAUGAACCUGGAUCCUCAGACACAAAAGAGCCAAGAUGACAGAGAGUGACCAGCUCCUCCUCAACAUUCUGGAUGAUUUAGAAAAUGAAGAAUUUAAGAGAUUCAAGUGGCACCUGCGGCGAGAAAAAGUGGGCGACAUUCCAUCCAUCAAAAAGAGGAAGUUGAAGGCAAAGAGGCGGGAUGUUGUGGAUCUGAUAGUGCAGACAUAUGAAUUUGCUGGAGCUGUGGAGGUGAUCAAGUCCAUUUUAAAGAAGAUUAGCAGGAAUGAUCUAGUGGGGGAACUGCCAAACAUCGGUUCAGGAGCAGAAGCAGAUGGUUAUCUGCAGAAGGUUUUAGAUCAACAUAAGAUCAGUCUGAGGAGGAGAUGUCAACAUGUGACUGAAGGAACCGAUGAAUCGGAAAGUGAAACCCUCCUCGACAGGAUCUACACUGAGCUCUACAUCACAGAGGGAAAGAGUGAAGAGGUUAAUACCCAACAUGAAGUGUGGCAGCUUGAGACAGCUUCCAAGAUGGAGACCCUCCAUGACACUCCAAUCAAGUGUCACAACAUCUUUAAAGCCUUACCCAACCAACAGAAAGUCAUCAGAGUCGUUCUGACAAAUGGUGUUGCUGGCAUUGGAAAAACCGUCUCAGUGCAGAAGUUCAUUCUGGACUGGGCAAAGGGUUCCAAAAACCAAGAUAUCAGUCUGGUGAUUCUGCUUUCGUUCAGGGAGCUGAACUUGAUCAAAGAUAAGAAGUACAGUCUUCUGACACUGAUCCAUGUUUUCUAUCCAACAUUAAAGGUCACAGCAGAGAAGCUUGCUGUCUGUACAGCUUUGUUCAUCUUUGACGGCCUGGAUGAAAGCAGAUUUUCGUUUCAUUUUGAGAACAGGGAGGAGGUCUUAUCUGACGUCACAGAGAAGUCAUCAGUCAACAUGUUGUUGACAAACCUCAUUGAGGGGAAUCUGCUUCCCUCGGCUCUUGUCUGGAUAACUUCCCGACCUGCAGCAGCCAAUCAGAUCCCUCGUAAAUAUGUUGACAGGCUAACAGAAAUACGAGGGUUCACUGACAUCCAGAAGGAGGAGUACAUCAGAAAAAGAUUCAGUGAUGAAGAGCUGUUCAGCAGAAUCAUCUCACACAUCAAGGCAUCCAAGAUUCUCCACAUUAUGUGUCACAUCCCAGUCUUCUGCUGGAUCACUGCUGCAGUUCUGGAGCACAUGUUGAGUACAGCUAAGAGAGGAGAGCUUCCCAAGACCCUGACUGACAUGUACUCACACUUCCUGCUGGUUCAGACAAAGAGAAAGCAGCACAAGUAUGAUGAGGGACAUGAAACGAGUCCACAGGAACUGACGGAGAGUGACAGAGAAGUUCUUCUGAAGCUGGGGAAGCUGGCAUUUGAGCAUCUGGAGAAAAAUAGUGCCGUGUUCUAUGAAAAAGACCUGAAGAAGUGUGGUCUUGAUAAAAAGGCUUUGAUGUUGUCAGGAUUUUGUACAGAGAUCUUCAAAACAGAGUGUGUGAUCUUGAAGAAAAAAGUCUUCUGCUUUGUUCAUCUGAGCAUUCAGGAGUUUCUGGCUGCAGUCUACAUGUACCACUGUUAUACCAACAGGAACAAAAAGGUACUGGAAGACUUCCUGGGAAAAAAAUGGACAUAUGAAAACAGUGAUUCAUCCCAGGAUGUCCUCCAAAUGGGAACCAUAGAGGACUUCCGUGAAGAUGUGGAUGAUGACGAAUAUGAUGAAGCAGAUGAUGAAGAAGAUGACGAAGAUGAUGAUAAUAAGGAUGGCGAUGACGGCGAUGACGGCGAUGACGGCGAUGACGGUGAUGACGGUGAUGACGACGACAAUAAUGGAGAUGAUGACGAUGACAGAAACGAUAACCAUUACCCCUCUCUGGAUGUCUUCCUGAUGAAAGCCAUGGAGAAAUCUCUCACAAGUAAAAAUGGCCACUUGGACCUGUUUGUUCGCUUCCUUCAUGGCCUCUCUCUGGAGUCCAACCAGAGUCUCUUAGGCCUGCUGGGUCAGACAGAGAACAGUCCAGAAAUCUUCCAGAGAGCCAUCAACAACCUGAAGGAGAUGAAUACGCGUAAUAUCUCUCCUGACAGAAGCAUCAACAUCUUCCACUGUCUGAUGGAGAUGAAUGACCGCUCAAUACAUCAGGAGAUCCAAGAGUUCCUGAAGUCAGAGAAGAGAUCAGAGAAAGAACUCUCUGAUAUCCACUGCUCAGCUCUGGCCUAUAUGCUGCAGAUGUCAGAGGAGGUUCUGGAUGAGUUGGACCUGAAGAAGUACAACACAUCAGAGGAGGGACGACUGAGACUGAUCCCAGCUGUGAGGAACUGUAGAAAGGCUCAACUUUCUGACUGUGGACUCUCAGAGACUCACUGUGAAGUUGUGGCCUCAGCUCUGAAGUCCAACCCAUCCCAUCUGAGAGAGCUGGAUCUGAGCGACAACAAGCUGCAUGUUUCAGGAGUGGCGUUACUGUCUGCUGGACUGGAGAGUCCCAAUUGUGGACUGGAGACUCUGAGACUGAGUGGCUGCAGUUUGUCAGAGAUCAGCUGUGCUUCUCUGGCCUCAGCUCUGAAGUUCAACCCCUCCCAUCUGAGAGAGCUAAAGCUGAGUGACAACAAGCUGCAGGAUUCUGGAGUGAAGCUGCUGGGUGAUUUUCUGGAGAGUGAAGACUGUAGACUGAAGACUCUGAGAUUGAAUUCCUGCAGUUUGUCAGAGAUCAGCUGUACUUCUCUGGUCUUAGCUCUAAAGUCCAACCCCUCCCAUCUGAGAGAGCUGGAUGUGAGCAAUAACAAGCUGCAACAUUCAGAAGUGAAGCUGCUGUGUGAUUUUCUGGAGAGUGAAGACUGUAGACUGAAGACUCUGAGAUUGAGUCUCUGCAGUUUGUCAGACACCAGCUGUGCUUCUCUGGCCUCAGCUCUGAAGUCCAACCCCUCCCACCUGAGAGAACUGGAUCUCAGCUUCAACAAGCUUCUGGAUUCAGGAGUGAAGCUGCUGUCUGAUCUUAAGGAGAAUCCACACUGUAGACUGAAGACUCUGAGAUUGAGUGGCUGCAGUUUGUCAGAGAUCAGCUGUGCUUCUCUGGCCUCAGCUCUGAAGUCCAACCCCUCCCAUUUGAGAGAGCUUGAUCUGAGUAACAACAAGCUGCAACAUUCAGAAGUGAAGCUGCUGUGUGAUUUUCUGGAGAGUGAAGACUGUAGACUGAAGACUCUGAAAUUGAGUCUCUGCAGUUUGUCAGAGAUCAGCUGUGCUUCUCUGGCCUCAGCCCUGAAGUUUAACCCCUCCCAUCUGAGAGAGCUGGAUCUGAGCUUCAACAAGCUCCAGGGUUCAGGAGUCAAGCUGCUGUGUGAUUUUCUGGAGAGUCCAAAAUGUGGACUGAGGUCUCUGAGAUUCAGGUCCUGCAGUUUUUCAGAGAUCAACUGUGCUUCUCUGGCCUCAGCUCUGAAGUCCAGCCACUCCCAUCUGCGAGAGCUGGAUCUGAGUCUCAACAAGCUACCAGAUUCAGUAGUGAAGCGGCUGUGUGAUUUUCUGAAGAUUCCACACUGUGUUCUGGAGACUCUGAGAUUGAGUUGGUGCAGUUUAUCAGACAUCAGCUGUGCUUCACUGGUCUCAGCUCUGAAGUCCAACCCCUCCCAUCUGCGAGAGCUGCAUCUGAGCUACAACAAGCUGCAGGAUCCAGGAGUGAAACUGCUGCGUGAUUUUCUGGAGAGUCCACAAUGUAGACUGAAGACUCUGAGGUUGUACAAUUCUAAAGGGUCACCUCUCACAUUGACUGGAAACCAGAAGAUGAGUGGUUGUGUGGAGAAAGUGGACAAAUCAGAGUCUCCAGUAUCCACCUGUGUGUCCAAACAUCAUCCUGCAGACUUCAGUGAUGAAACUGGACCAUCAGACUUAAAGGUGGAGGACAGACAAAACAGCGCUACACCUGACAGACAUAAAGGAUAUGCGUCCACAUCCAACACAACUCUUAAUGUGUCUGAGGACAACAGAGAGGAUCAGCUGUAUCCUGAUGAUCCAGAGAGGUUGUUCAGAGAGGACUCCACACCCGAAGUGCUGACUGAGUCUUCAAACAUUUCAUACAGGUUCAGGUGUCCUGGUCCAGGUGUGUUCCCGUGUACUUUGACUGGACUAGUGUUUGUUAUGGCUCAGGAGGCGGAGCUGUUGUACAAGACUGUCCAAUGGGAUGAGAGCCUCCUACAACAAAUUGGCAAGAUGGCUGCAGGGCCACUGUUCAACAUCCAGAGUCCUGAUGGUGCUGUCAGUCAGCUCCACCUGCCACACUGUGAAACCAUGAAUGCUCCGCUCCCUGAAGGUCUGCUGUCUGUCGUCCACAUCACUGAUGAUGGAAUGAACAUCCUGGAGCCGCUGGAGAUUACAGACACUCAUGUGGUUGUGAACAUCCCUCACCUCUCUGCCUUUGGCCUGGUCUGGGAUCUCGUGAAGAGGUUUCACAUCACACCACCAAUUAGAGGCCAGGUUCUGCUGUCCCUCCAACCUCAUGGAAUACUCAGUGUAUUUCUGCUGCAGGGCAACAUUCCUCUGGACGAGGUUGCCGCCCAACAAGGAGAAGCUAAGAACAUCAAGAGCUCUUCCAACUGUCAUCUCAGAAGUGGUCAAAGUUACAGGGUUCACUGUGAACCUAAGGCUACAAUACAGCCUGAGCAUGCACCAUUUCGCACACAGUAUGGACCAAAGUUCAAUCCAACAUUUGAGGUUUCCCUCACUACAAACCAAGAGAAAGUGACUUUGAUGGUCCAGGACCAAGAGGGGACACAAGUGUGGAAACGUGUUCUGACAGGUCAAAAAAAGAAGAAUUUCUCAGCAGGGGACAUCGUCCCAGCAAAGAGAGCCAAGAUGAAGGAGGACCUCUUCACCAUUCUGGAAGAUUUAACAGCUGAUGACUUUAAGAAGUUCAAGUUGUUCCUGAAGGAUGAAAAGGUUGGCGACAUCCCACCCAUCAAAGAGAGCCAGCUGUCGAAGGCAGAGAGGCUGGAUGUGGUGGAUCUGAUGGUGCAGAAAUAUGAAUUUGCUGGAGCUGUGAAGGUGAUGAAGAGCGUUUUAAAGAAGAUCAACAGGAAUGAUCUGGUGAGGAAGUUGCCAAACAUCGGCUCAGGAGCAGAAGGUCAGUCACAGGAAGAGACAAACAUGACAUCACAUCAGUCAGAGAAAUGUUUUUAUAUCACAUCAUAACAGUUUGACAUGUUUCAGCCUGCAUGCAUACAGCAGAUCUGUCUGACUGAGGACUUGAUAUGUUUCAUGAUUUUAGAUGUAAUGAUAGUCAUUACUGAGACCUGUGUCACAGUUUCAUGUCAGCAAAGUCACAUUUCACCAAUAAUCUUUGCUGGUAAAUUGCAGGUCAUUUGUGAGUCCCACUGAGUUUGCAUGUUGCAGCUUUGUUGAAAAUCCAAACUUUACUGAAGCAGUUUUUGGGACAGGGUGGAGUGACUUAGUAAAACAGGAAGUGCAGGUUUUUGUUAUUCUUGCUCAACUGUCUUGCAGACAAAGUCCUAAAAAAAUGUUUCAAUCUUGUUCCAGUCUUGCAUCAUUUUGAGAAAAUGUCAUUUUAAUGUAUCUAUAAAUAAUCAAUUCAAAUUGUGAAUUGUCCCCAAGCUUUAAAAAAUAUUUUUGUAGCAUACUGCUUGGCCCCAGUCUGAAUCACAAACCUGAUGGUGGCGCUAGAGGAAAGGUUGAUGAUCACUAAAGUCAGUAAGAGUUAUCUGCUAAGACAAUCCACUUAAUAGUUGAGAUAUUUAAGUGACUAAAUCACAAAGUAACAUAUGGACUGCUGAUGUUCUUCAGAGCUGCUCUGAACAUCUGAGACAAAUUCACAUGAAUUAAUUCUGCAAACAGAAGAUGAUGUGGUCUAAUGUCAAAUGAGGAGAGGAAGAGGAGAGGAAGAGGGUUAAAAAUUUAAAAAAUGUGCAACAGGAUUACCUGUCAGCAGGUCAGAGUGUGUUUCCUUGUUUCAGCGACUAGAUGGAGAGAAACAUCACUGAUGAACAAAGAAGCUGCAGCAUCAGGGAGAAAUCAGAGAAACAGCAGAUUUAUUGAAAGACUAAAAAUUAAUAUUGAAUAAAACAUAAAGUUGUCAGGGACAGUGGCUUCAUGCAGCUAAUUAAUCUUUUUACACCCCACACACAAGUUUAAACAUCACAUAACGCAGAGCUGAAACCACCAGUCAAUUAAUGAAUGAGUUGAUGGACAGAAAAUUCAUCAAAACUAACUUGAGAUUUUUUGAUUUAAGAAAUUUUUCAAUAAAAAAAAGCUGAACAUUACCUAGUUGCUGCUUCUCUAAUGGCUCAGAUUUUCUGCUUUUCUGUUUUGUCUGUCAUUGUAAACUAAAUAUCUUUGGGACAAUUGAAGAUGUUGCCUUAGACCGGGAUGAGUGUUUUUUGGCAUUUAUAGACCAAACAAUUAAUCAGUUAACUGAAAAUAAAAUAAACAAUAAUGAAAAUAAUAGUUAGUUUCAGCUCUAAAUCAGAGCUCCUGCUGCUGCUCUUUCGGUGCAGUUUAAACCUUACAGCAUUUUUCUUUUGGUCCUGUUCUUGUCACCUCUACGAGCUCUCUGUUAAAAGUGACAGCUGGUUACUGAACACAGGUACUUCUUCAU